AUGGACUACGCGCAGUUCAAGGGGAAGCCUUUCCAGGUGGUCUCCAAGCUGGGUGUGAGGUAUACCGGUAUCUUUGACCAUAUCAGCCAAGAAGACCAGACGAUCUGUCUCUCCCAAGUGUUCAACCAUGGGACAGAAGACCGACCGACUGCGCGAAAGCUCCCAGGUUCGACGAGUACUCUCGGUUGGGUUCGAUUCCAUACCGAGUCAAUAGAGUCACUAGCGCUCGUUGAGAACUACAUCGCACCUGGGGCCACAGAAGAGCCCGCUGACCCUAUUCUCGCUUCCGUUAGCAACACCGCACCCGGAGCCGCAGCAUCCGCUCCUGCACCUGCUUCCAAAGCACAACAACCCACACCUUCCGCCGCACCUGCCUCUUAUACUCUUCCUCCCAAACCUCCUGUCUCAUCACCACCACCCCAAAGCUCGCUCGAUAGGGUCCAGCAAUCCAUCGCUGACCUCUCUGUCUCCGGACAGAACAACCGCGGUGCUCAGCCCAACUAUAGACCUCCGCGCCGUAUAUCCCGGGCCCAGGCUAUAGAGGUACCGGACGCAGAGUUUGACUUCUCGAAGGGUACCCAAGCCCUCGAAGCGGAAAGGGAAGCGCGGAAGGUAGGGGAUGCGGGACCGUCCCGUCAGCCCGGCGCCGCCGACGAAGACGAGGAGGAUGCGGACAGUGGCGACAGUGAUGAUGAGUCAGAUGACUCGGAUGCGUCCACUCCUCACCCUAUCGCCGUCCAGCGCGGAAACGGGAAUGGAAACGCAAACGGGAACGGCAUACCCGGAUCAGCAAGCGGAGCCGGCGAAAAACGACCACCACCUGGCAAACCCGCAUACAACAAAAACUCCUUCUUCGACGAUCUGUCGAGGAGCGAGGGCGGAAUUACGAUACAUUCGGGGAAGCGGGCGGAGCGGAGUUCCAGCCUGGGAACGGAGGGUACAGGGGUCGAGGAGGAGGAGAGGGUAUGGGUGGGCCAGGGGGAAGGGGUCAUGGCGGACGCGGAGGGUUCAGCCGUGGAGAUGGCCGAGGAGGAUAUGAUCAGUCCGCACCAGGGCGGAUGGGAUUCCAGGGCCAAGGGCAGGGGCAGGGUGGAUAUGGUGGACGAGGGGAUGGAUAUGAAGGGCAAAAUCAAGGGAUGA